GAUGGUAUCCCUUGCCACGUCAUCAUUGGGACGCGUUCGGGUUGAAGGCGAAUUCACCCGAACGUUUUUCACUCGUGUACCUUAUCCUUUCCCCGACAGUCACUGUCUCACCCACUCCCCCGAGUAUUGCCUCACCUUAUCAUUCCGGCGGUUACAGCGGCGAGUCCUUUCGGCGGUUGGAGCAGCGGCGUGCGGCGCGCGAGUGCCGCGGGAGGGCGACGUAUGCGGGCACCACGCUGCAGCCCUGCGGGAGGAGGCGGCAGUGAAGAUGGCCCGCGGGAGGAGGAGGCGAGGUUGUGGCCCGCGGGGAUGGGGCGUCUGCGAGGAUGCGGCCCGCGGGAGGAUGCGGCCCGCGGGAGGAGGCGGCCGCCGGCAAGCUGUUCCUACGAAUUGGAGCUCCUCCUGCGCGGGAUAUACGACCAGGGCGCCAUCCGGCAUCACACGCGCGAUGGCCGCGUCCUGGAGCGCGAGCAGCGUGGCGCUCCCGGUCGAGCCGGCCACCCACAUCCUAGCGCUUGCCGGUCCCUGGCGGCGCGGUCGGUUGGGACCCGUUCGAGGCAUCGCUUGCCCGGUCGCGCGAGUGCGUCGGCGAGGAUGCGGGAGGGCUGCAUCUGGCGGCUAGCUAUGGAGGUUGUCGCGACACACGAGGGAGGGAGUGGCUAGUGAUGGGGGUGAGGGAUGGCGCCGCCACGGCCAGCAUGUCCACGGGACGUCGGGGUCCUGCGUGGUGGAUGCCGCCAAGACCGGCGGCAAGGGCUCCCGCGGUGCACUGAGCAGUUCGGGAAAUGGGAGGCACUGGAGGCGCAAAACCUGUCCAAACAUACAGGUGAGCACUGGACUGCAGGCCGCCUCAUCGAGGGCACGGGCGACGACAAGAUCAAUAUACCGGGCGGGCUCUGCGUUCAUCAUAGAGACUGCAAACCGGGCAAUUGUUGCUUCUGGUGCCUAGUGCUGGAUCUGUGCUAUGCAUCAAUCGGCGAGUGCAAGAAAGAGUGCCAAGGCCACAUCGACGCGCGCCUCUUUAACCUUCCGUCGCCGUCAAAUUGAGUUCCUUGAUCUUGAACCGGCAACCUGUUCGAGCAGGACUAGUGGUCUAAUUUGUUGUAUUCUUUUGAAGUCGCCGGUAGUUGUUCUAAUAAUAAGAAUAUAUAUCUCAACGAUUUGUUUCAAUUUCUUAUUAGGGAAAUCUCUAAUUAUCAAGUUUGUUUGUUGUCCA